AUGAAGAAGGGCAGGAAGUAUUAUGGCAGUGCCAUGGAUCAGCAUAUGGAGGUCACUUUAGUGGAGAAAGGACAACAGCAAAAGUGCUCCAAUCUGGAUUUUACUGGCCAACAGUUUUUAGGAUGUCAAGGAAAUGGUGUCAAGGUAUUUCAUGGACCCUUUCCAACCUCCUACUCAAAUAGCUACAUAUUAGUGGCUGUUGAUUAUGUUUCAAGAUGGGUAGAGGCCAUAGCUACUGCAACAAAUGACAACAAGGUUGUGAUAAGCUUCUUGAGAAGGAAUAUCUUCAGCAGAUUUAGAGUUCCCAGAGCUCUCAUUAGGAAUGGAGGGUCACACUUCUGCAACAAACAAUUGGAAGCACUCCUUCUCAGAUAUGGAGUCAAACACAAAGUGGUAACUCCAUACCACCCACAGACCAACGGGCAAGCCGAGAUUUUCAAUAGAGAGCUGAAACGGAUACUUGAAAAAACUGUUGGAAGUUUAGCAAAGGACUGGUCAAGGAAGCUAGACGAUGCUCUAUGGGCCUACAAGACAGCCUUCAAGACUCCCAUUGGGAUGUCACCAUACCAACUAGUAUUUGGCAAGGCUUGCCACUUACCAGUUGAACUAGAGCAUAGAGUCUUCUGGGCUCUAAAACUACUCAAUUUUGAUGAGCAAGUUGCUGGAGAAAAGAGAUUAAUGCAACUCAAUAAACUGGAAGAUUUUAGAAAUCAAGCAUAUGAGAAUGCAAAAAUCUACAAAGAGAACACAAAAAGGUGGCAUGACCAAAUGAUAGCAAGGAGAGAGUUCACUGAAGGGCAGAAGGUGUUACUCUACAACUCAAGACUCAAGUUCUUCUCUGGAAAACUUAAGUCUCGAUGGUCAGGACCUUUCACCAUACUCAAGGUGUUUUCCUAUGGUCAUGUGGAGCUCAUGAAAGACAAGACCCAGAGAACUUUUUCUAUCAAUGGCCAUCAACUCAAACACUACUUAGGAGGCUCCUUGGAGGAGCAGAGAGUGAGCUACAAGCUCAGCUAA